AUUCAUCAAAAAAACAAAGAAAAAAAAAACAACCCUUUUUGUUUAAUAUUUGCUGUGAUUUAUUUAGUCCCUCUAAUUUCCACAUUUUACACCUCAUUCUCUCAAAACAUGCACCCCACGUUCUACACUAAAAUACCUCAAUUUUGUCAACCUCACUAAAUUUCUUUAUACAAUCAUAUUCAUCCAAUAUUUUUCAUGAUUUUUCUUUUGGUUUCUUGAUAAGAAUUUUUUAAAAUGGUUCGAGCUCUUGAACAAGAACAAGAAAAUUAUAGGUCUAGGUUGUUUCGUUUUAAAGAAAUGAGUGAAACUUCGGGGGGUCGGUCUCAUUCUAAGAGUCAUAGCGUUGAUGAUAAUAGCGUAGACGAUGAAUCUAGCUCUAUGGAUGAUAAGGUUACGUUUAGAAGCCAGGGAUCGAGGAUUCCGAGUGAUCCGUCGUCCGAGAAACAUCAGAUUGGUAGCGUACUUCAUCGGAAUGAUAAGGGUCCUAAGUCGAGGUUGAGCCGGGAUGAGGCUUCAGUUCCACCCUUGGCUAAAGAUAAACAAAAUGCAGAUAUGGACCAAAUGAAAGAAAGGUUUGCUAAAUUGCUUUUGGGAGAAGAUAUGUCUGGAGGAGGAAAGGGUGUCACUUCUGCUCUAGCUUUGUCAAAUGCCACCACAAAUCUUGCUGCUUCCGUCUUCGGCGAGCAACAUCGUCUAGAGCCGAUGUCCGUAGAAAGGAAAGCCAGGUGGAGAAAAGAGAUUGACUGGCUUUUAUCUGUGAGUGAUUACAUAGUUGAAUUAGUUCCAUCUCAGCAGAAAAACAAAGAUGGAACAAGUAUGGAGAUUAUGGUGACACGACAACGAACCGAUCUCCAUAUGAACAUCCCCGCGUUACGCAAGCUUGAUGCAAUGCUUAUUGAUUGUCUAGAUAACUUCAGAGACCAAAAUGAGUUUACUUAUAUUUCAAAAGAUGCUCCUGAUUCAGAAAAAGGAAGCAACAAGAGGAAAGAUGAUAAAUGGUGGCUACCUACUGCUAAAGUUCCUCCAAAUGGAUUAUCAGAAGGAUCAAGAAAAUUUUUGCAGUAUCAGAAAGAUUGUGUCAACCAAGUCCUGAAAGCAGCCAUGGCAAUAAAUGCUCAAGUUCUAUCAGAGAUGGAGAUUCCUGAAAACUACAUUGAAUCUCUUCCAAAGAACGGAAGGGCGAGCCUGGGAGACUCGAAUUACAAGAGCAUAACAGUGGAAUUCUUUGAUCCUGACCAAUUCCUGUCAACAAUGGACUUAUCAUCAGAGCAUAAAAUCCUAGAUCUAAAGAACAGAAUUGAGGCUUCUAUUGUGAUUUGGAAAAGGAAGAUGAACCAAAAAGAUGGGAAGUCUGCUUGGGGUUCUGCUGUCAGUUUGGAGAAGAGAGAACUGUUUGAAGAGCGAGCGGAAACUAUCUUACUAAUUCUCAAGCAGAAAUUUCCUGGAAUUCCUCAAUCUGCACUCGACAUCAGCAAAAUUCAAUACAAUGAGGAUGUGGGGCAAGCGCUUCUGGAAAGCUAUUCAAGAAUUCUAGAAAGCUUGGCAUACACGGUAAUGUCUCGAAUCGAAGACGUGUUGUAUGCUGAUUAUGUCACUCGAAAUCCAUCCUAUGCGGGACAAAAGAGGAAUCCUCUAAAAGAGACACCUCUAGAUGCACUUGGAGAAGAAUUUGCUAGAACCUCUGAUGCAGUCAAUGCAAUGACACUGUCAGAUUUUAUGGGUUGGAAUGUUGAUUCAAACGAAGCUGAGGCAAAUAAAAAUCUAGCCGGAAAUUCAGAUGAGCUUGUCAAAGAUGAUAUGAAGUUAACGGAUAAACUUGCUAACAUUGUGACACUGAAGAAACCUUCCUAUCUUGAGAACUUAGGAGGUUUAAGAAGCCCAACAGCACGACAUUGAUAGCCAACUGUCACCGUCCGAUUCGGAUACGUGACGGUACAUGGAACCUGGAAGACUAACUUCCAAAUCCGACAUUAACCUAAAGAAUAUAUUCUUUUGACCUCAACAGAAGAAACGGAAAAACCAUGGCUCACGUAGAAACAACUAAAGACGAAAGAGAUACACAAGAUUGACAAAAUUUGACAUUAAACCAUGAAUUUUAUUGAGAGUUUCUUAUUUUAGUUAUAUUCGUUUGUAGAUACAGAAAGAAAAGCUUGUUAGUGUAACAGCAAAGCCUAAAACUAUUGGAUUUUAAGUAUUUUGUA